GGUAGCUCACACAGUGGAGGUCAGAGAAGUACCAAAAUGUCGGUCGCUGCUUUCUCGUCCUUGAGCCGUUGUAGUGUUUUGGCUUUCCGGUCGCCCGCUGGACUGGUGGCGGUCCGGUAUGCCCAGACAGCGGCAGCUCCAGCAUCACAGCCCAGGAUAAAGAAAUUUCAGGUGUACAGAUGGGAUCCAGACACUCCAGGAGACAAACCCCGCAUGCAGACCUACGACAUCGACCUCAAUACAUGCGGGCCAAUGGUUCUUGAUGCCCUGAUCAAGAUCAAAAAUGAGAUGGACUCCACUCUGACUUUCCGCCGCUCCUGCAGAGAAGGUAUUUGUGGAUCCUGUGCAAUGAACAUCAAUGGGGGAAACACACUGGCCUGUCUCAACAAGAUUGACACCAACAUUAGCAAACCAACCAAGAUUUACCCCCUCCCACACAUGUAUGUGGUCAAAGAUCUGGUGCCUGACAUGAGUAACUUCUAUGCUCAGUACAAGUCGAUUGAACCAUACCUGAAGAAGAAGGAUGAUUCAAAGGAAGGGAAGGAGCAGUACCUGCAGUCUGUGGAGGACCGGCAGAAACUGGACGGGCUGUACGAAUGUAUCCUGUGCGCCUGCUGCAGUACGAGCUGCCCCAGCUACUGGUGGAACGGAGACAAAUACCUGGGGCCUGCUGUACUCAUGCAGGCAUAUCGUUGGAUGAUUGACUCUCGAGAUGAGUUCACAGAGGAGCGUCUGUCCAAGCUGCAGGAUCCUUUCUCUCUGUACCGCUGCCACACUAUCAUGAACUGCACCAAAACCUGCCCCAAGGGCCUGAACCCGGGAAAAGCGAUAGCUGAGAUCAAGAAGAUGAUGGCCACGUACAAGGAGAAGAAGGCAGCUGCUGUUUAAACCCUCAGUAGUCCUGUACAACUUGUCCCUGUAUGAUUUUAAAUUAUAUAUUGAUUUUAAAAAUUCUUAUUGAGGUCUGAUGGCCCAGUACACCUGUCCACUCCACCACCACCACCACACCCUGCAGGACUGAAGUCAACUGUAAUGUGUGCAGGUGUGUGUUUGUGUGUGGUUUGAAGAUUUGGUGUUACACAAACGCACAUGUACAGUAUGAAUGCAGGAGAGAAAGUGUGUGUCUGAGUCUUACGUGUACCAUAACAGAGGCAUUUAACUCCAGCUCAACUUGUUGUAUGUCUGUGCACUUGAGAGACAUGACGCUGCAUAUUAUAGUAAAAGCAAGGUGUUUUUCUUUCAUGUUGAAACUUUUUUUUUUAGCUUGUUGCUUUUCAGGUUAGCAGCAAGUUCACAGACACGAAGUGUAUAAGUUCCCUCAGAUCUUCCAACAUACCAACUGCAGUUUUGAUGGAAAAUAAAUAGUUAAAAUACCUGUAGCUGUUCUGAUGAUUAUUUUUUUGCUUGUCACAAUGUCAUUCUGAUUAUCCACCUUCUCCUUUUCUUAUAUACAGUCUAUGCUUUAAACACACAUACAUAGCAGUUUUGCAGAGUGUCCCCUAGGUGUCGCUGUUGUGCCGAGCCUGAGCUGCCAAUGAUCUCUGCAGCCUCUUCACUGUGCCAGUAGAUUUGCAUGAAGAAAAACGCAGAUAUGUGUAUCAGUAUUUCUUAGAGACAUUUUUCAUCAUAUGUUUUUUGCUUGUUUUAUGGUGUUCACAUGAAAAAGCAUUAAAUCGUCCUGCAUCUGUCCGUACCUGUGUGUUAACUGAAACUUCAAGAACUGCUCAUCAGAGGAUCAUAUGGACACAAUAAAGGCAAAUAAAUAAAUAUUCUGUUGAAACCUAACACAAACGUUCUGAAAAUAAAACUUUGAAUUUAUUAGAUAA